AUGAUCAUUGAGCAACAAAUCAAAAUCGUCUCGUGCACAUCAUUAAAAGUUCCGACAAAAUAUGCAUCAGGAGCACAGAACUUUUGGAAUGAAACCGUGACUUCUGAAAGACACUGCCAUAAGGCCGUUCAUUUCUAUAAAGCCGUUCAGCGGCAUAAGGGCGUUGAGCACUUCCUGGUUGAAGAGGUCUAUGGGACACUGGGGCGAUCUUCUGGGACCAAGAGCUUGCUGGGUGUCUUCGGUGUCACGGACCAGAAGUCCAAGGUGAACUUGCUGAUGCCCGGGGUGCCUCAGUGUUUCUUGGCACAUGCAAGCCCAGAGCGCCUCACCGAGAAUGCCCGCUCGAUCUUAGAGCAGCUGGCCAUCACUGCCACGAAACCGCGGGCGUUUUUCUUGGCGGUGGAUGAGACAUGUUGGCAUCGAACCUACAUGCCUGUUGUCGGACUGCAAGAACCUGGCAAAUGCUGCAUUGUUGGAGGGGCGUGGCACAAGGAUGCGGCGGAGGACUAUUCCGUGCUCAAGGCCGGGGACACCUUCCCGCCCGACAAGCUGUCGAGCCUCACGGUCAACGUGAUCGCCAGCGGUGUGGAAAGCAACUCCUCCUUAUGGUGCGUGGCGGCAGUACCAAUGCCACCCGGUAGCACCGGCAAGUCGCUGUUCUUUUUGGCCCUGAUGGGCCAGAUUGCCGAGUCCUUUGUGCAGGAGAACCGAGGGUAUGCACCGGCAGGUUUCGCCUGUGACGCCGGCACCGCCAACAUGCUUUUGGUUCGAACCACACUGGGGCUGACACCAACGGCGGUGACAGAAACGGUUCCGUUCUUCAAGCACUGCUCCUACCAGCCCCUCCUCGGCUUCAAGUUCAUGCCCUUCCAGCGGAUGUUGUACAAGGGCACACAGGUGGUGCACUGCAGCGGCCAGAGAAGUGUCCAGUUCGGCGACACCGUGGUCGACUACUCCAUCAUGCUGAAAGGUGGCAUUCCGCUGAAGUCGUUCGUCCUGACAGACAACCAGAGCGACAAACAGGCCCUGGACCGCUUCAACCCGGGCUACAGCCAGAGGAGUUGGCUGUCUUGCGGCGUGUGCUUCAUACAGCUCCUCAGUGCCCUCGUGUCUUCGGCAUCCGAGGGCUCGGCAGGCAUAGCUCCGGAUGUUCGGGUGACGAACGCUUCCAUUGCUUAUUUUGUGCUUCUGAUGGGGCUGGCCCAGUCCAAGCUGUCCUUUCAGCAAGGGUGGGAACUGCACUUCUUGCCCUUGCAGAGGAUCCGCAACGUCUGCUUCUCGCUCGUGACGAUGAUCCUCGUGACCGUCCACUCGCCAGGCAUGGACCCGUCCAAGGUGCAGGAGAAAUGCGUGGAAAGCUGGUUCGGCCGCUGCAAGGCCGCCUACCGCGGCAACCCUUCCAUCAGAGACUCCAUUUACUCCCAGCACAUGGAACACUUGAAGCAGGUGAAAGCUCCGGCGAAGGGGGAGGCAUUCGCUGCUCCGGAGCUCAGCAUGGAGACGGCAGCUGCUUGUGUCGACCGCGGCUUCCAGACUGCGGCUCAGCUGCUGGAGUACCUGAGCUACAAAGUCCCCUCCGAGCAGAUCGUGAAGAACUUCAAGGCUUGGUGGAAAUCCGAGGGCCAUGAGAUGAUGACUCAGGGCUCUGCCGGUGCUCCUGCAGAGGAGGACUGUGACCAGGAAAUCCACGAGGAUGCGGCGGGCGUGGCGGCCCUCGACGUCUUUGACGAGGAGGCCCAUGAGAUCGACUACGAGGCCGAGGAUGCGGCAGCGAUGGCGGUGCAGCAGAACUUGGACUUGGUCACCGCGGCGGAGGACCAUGCAGCUGUGAAGGCUGAGCUAGCAGCCCUUCAUGACGAGGCGACCGAUCCGGUUGUGCCGGCUGUGCAAGAUCCAGAGCCAGGUCAGGUUGUGCCGGCUGUGCAGGAUCCAGACCCAGGUCAGGUUGUGCCGGCGGUGCAGGAUCCAGAGCCUGUUCCGAAGUCGAUCGUAGGCUGCGGUGUGGAUGCCAAGUCGAGCGGCCCGAGCCACCAGAUCAACUCGAAGAAUGCUUGCUGGCUGAGCUUCCCGGCUUACUGCACCAACCGCUUGCAGCGUGAACUGCUGGGCCUGGAUCCGUUCAACAUGUCGGCCAUCGAUGCCUGGACAGCGGACCGAACACUGGAACGGCAGCAGCACCUCAUGGGCGCCAUGAGACAGUUUGCUGCUUCGGUGCGACAGAGGGAGGGCAUCUUGUCGCGGACGGCAGUGACUGGUGCCAAACCGGCGAGCGAUUGGAACCUGUUGCAGUCGCAGCUGGCGAGAGGCAGAGCUGCCACGUUGAUCCACGGUGGCCGACAGAGCCGCAGCAAUGCAUGGAUGGCCGUACAGGACAAGGUCGUGGCAGCGACUGCAUCCGUGGGCGAUGGCAGCAAGAUUGCUUGGAGGCCGGAUCACAUGCGUCCCGACGACGGGAAGCAAGCGCCGCAGGUCGUGGCCUACUUGGACGGCCAAAAGAAGGUGCAGGUGGGCGUCGUAGCAUCGAUCUGGCGAGGUGCAGUCACCAAGAAGGAUGGCACCGCUACCCGGCGGAUGCGGGCGACGAGUCCGCUUCCGCUAGCUUCGACGGCUGUGAUCCGGGUCGCACGCUGCACGAAGAUCGACGGUGCCAAGUACUUCACCUGCGGCCUCUCCGAGAUCUCCCUGAUGGAUCCUCUCGACACCGUUCUUUGCGAGCUGCUGGUCGCAGGCGUCAGCAGCAAGGAGACCAAGCUGGUCCUCAAGUUUGGCUCUGGCUUCGCCGAGGUGUUCGAGAAGAUCAGUGAGAAUCCGAAGCAGUGGCUCAAAGCGAAGGCCAGUGCAGAGGAGGGCGCAGAAGGGCCCGAGGAAAUGCAUGCUGGGCCGAAGGUGUGGGUGUGCUCCAUGUUCAGCCGAAGCAUGUCUGGUACAAGAUGCAUCGAGGACUUCUUCCAAAGGCUGCCAGCUGCCUACAAGGCUGCGGGGUUCGAGAUCCUGGACGACCAGGGGAUGAUCUCCGUUGGAGCGGGGGCGUCGCUGAGAUGGGAUGUCAUCACCUGCCAGGCGGCCGAGUUCUUCGACGUGAGCUUCGCCGCGGUCUCGAAUAAGAACUUCGGUAAAAGUGUGCUUGCGGAGCUGGCGGCGGUCUUCCCAAAGGAUGCUUCCGCUGGUGAAAAGCUUCGUAAGCUGUGCAGCCGGAUCGAUGCAGUGGCCACACCUGCGAGCCUCAAUCAGCACAUCGCGACGGCUGCUGGGCGAGCGAAGCGCAACAAGCGCCGUUCGGUGCAAGAAAAAAGAGGGUGUCGCCAAGCUGUCCGACAAUGUGCUGCAUAG